AUGACAUUCCCAACGGAGGUCGCUGAGCUCGUCAUCGAUGCAUGCGAUAACUCUUCUACUCUCGCCAGCUGUGCAUCAGUUUCUCGAGCCUGGCACAAUCGCGCCGUUUUCCGUUUGUUCGAAAGACAAACCAUCCACGUCGUUGGCCUCACAGCGUUAGAGGCAUUUUUAUCAACUAUCAGCCACCCUUUGUGUACCAUACACUCCUCAAUCCGCUCAAUCUCUAUCAGCUCGGUAACCUCACUCAAUGGGUUUAUUCCCAUUCUUGCGGGCAUCCCCAACCUAACCUCUCUUCAACUAACCGGCGACACCUUACUCAAUGAUGCAGCCCAAACGACCUUCAAGCAAAGCCUGUAUGACCUCCGUCAUCUGUCAUUGGACAUAACAUUUCCUACCUCCACCGCCGCGAUUUCCCUUGUGUGUUCCCUUCCGUUACUGGAAAGCCUCAGUCUGCAUGGACGCUGGGUUGGUGCUCUAUCACCCCCACCAUUAGAUCUACCCGCAACGAUCCAUACGAUCUCACUGGGAGGAAUGCUCGAUGAUAUACUCCUUUGGUUACUCUCCCGACCCCCACCACCCGCCCUAUCUUUUCUCCAAUUCCGCGAUGUUGGAACUAGGCAGUCGUUGCGAUCGGUCUUGGAGUACCUACCACAGGUAUCCAAAACGGUCACAGUAUUUCGAUUCAGCAUCGCCGACAUAGGGACGGAAAAUCACUUUACUCACGGGAUUCCUGAAUCCCUGCAUUUCCGCGUAUUGCACACGCUUUCUAUAGACAAACACUACGCGAACCCGCCACGGCUGCUCAUCCUCUUCCUGAUGCUGCUCGAUGCCCCCAACCUCGAAUUUGUCUCGAUAAACAGCCUGGGGAUGACGGUCAUUUACUCGCACGCAUGGACUCACGUCGGGGUCCAGCUGUUAGAGCACCCCAAACUGUGCAAGUUCACGGUCAGAACAAAUGCGCAACACCACCCAGGGCUUAGGCAGGCGUUGCGGGCCCUUGACGUGCGGGACAUGCUCGAAUUACUUGAUACCGUAGACUAA